UGAUGACUGUCAAAAAGAGACAUGUAUUAUCAAAAUAAAAAUUGGUGCUUGAGUCGAUCGUAACAAUGGCUCUACCGCCUUUUUGUUUUAGCAAUAUCGUUCAUUUAAAUGUUGGUGGAACGAGGUUUUCAACAUCAAAGCAAACAUUAACAUGGGUUCCAGACUCAUUUUUUACUGCUUUAUUAAGCAAUAGAAUUGCCAGCCACAGAGAUGAAAUUGGUGCAUUAUUUAUAGAUAGAGAUCCAAAGUUGUUUUCUAUUAUAUUGAAUUAUCUGCGCACAAAGGACAUUGAUUUGAAGAAUGUAGAUCUACGUACAUUAAGACAUGAAGCUGAAUAUUAUGGUAUUACUCCACUGGUUAAACGUUUAAUGCUAUGUGAAGACUUAACUCAAUCUUCUUGUGGAGAUGUAUUGUUCUAUGGCUAUUUACCCCCACCAAGUAUACCAUUGCAAGAACCUACUACUGUUCCCUCUAAUGUAGGAGAUGUAUCUGUUCAUGGCAGAGUUUCUACUAGUACUACCACUUCUAGAGUAGAAGUACCAUCUACCUCCCAAAGUUCAACUCCUGGAACAAUAUUUACUUUAGGUCAACAAAAUCAUAAAGGUGUGCUUACCACUCAUAUGCGAAAUUCUUCAUUGGAUUAUAGAGUCCAACAAAAAGGCUUGCCACACUCAAGAACUUCAUCUUUAGAUUUAAGACAUGUUAGAAAUAAUUCAGCAGACCUAAACAAACUAUAUAAAAAUGAUAUAAGUUUAGUAUUUGGUCCUCAACAAGUUUCAUCAUGGGUUGAUCCCUUAAGGGUGCAAAUUAUAAAAGCACAUCACAAUUGGAUUGUAAUUGCUUAUGCACAUUUUAUAACAUGUUAUCGACUUAAAGAUUCAUCUGGUUGGCAGCAUGCAUUUACUAGUCCUCACAUUGAAUCAGUGAUUGAAAGGGUGGCAAUAACUUCAAAAUUGAGUACUAGUGGAGAUGUUAAAAUGGUUGCUAUUUCUUAUGGAAAUCAAGUUAGAUUAUGGAGCAUUUCAGCAAAUGGAAUGAAGACAAAUAUUGGUACAUUCAAUUUGAAUGUCCGUGUAGAAUAUUUAUUUUUUAUUGGAAGUCAGUUAGUUGCUCUAUCUCCUACUGACAAAAUUGGUGUAUGGCAUGCUAUGACACAUCAUUGGCAAAUACAAGAUGUAGUACCUAUUUUGUCAUUUGACACAGCUGGAUCAUUUCUUCUAUUAGGAUGCAACAAUGGAUCUAUUUAUUAUAUUGAUAUGGAGAAGUUUCCCUUAAGAAUGAAGGACAAUGACUUACUCGUAACUGAAUUGUACCGUGAUCCGAAUUAUGAUCCCAUUACAGCCAUAUCUGUAUAUUUAACACCAAAAACAUCACAAGCACUCUGUGGUAAUUGGAUUGAAAUCGCGUAUGGCACAAAAUCUGGCAGCGUAAGAGUUAUAGUUCAACAUCCCGAAACUGUAGGACAUGGCCCACAACUGUUUCAAACAUUUACAGUACAUCAAAGUAGUGUAACAAAAGUGACAUUGUCAGAAAAAUACCUAGUAUCCGUUUGUUCUGAAUAUAAUCAUGUUAGGAGUUGGGCAGUAAAAAGGUUUCGUGGAAUGAUAUCUACUCAACCUGGAUCGACACCAGAAGCUAGUUUUAAAAUUGUAUCUUUAGAAGCAAUUGAGCCUUGUAUCAGUUACAAUGCUGGAAAUGACUUUGGACCCUUUGGAGAACAAGAUGAUGAACAAGUCUUUGUUCAAAAAGUUGUACCUGAGACUGAUCAAUUGUUUGUACGUUUAGCAUCAAAUGGAAAGAGAGUUUGUGUUAUCAAAUCAGUGGAUGGUAGUAUUAUAAGUUCGUUUUAUGUACAUGAAUGUGAUGGAUCCAGCCGUAUGGGUUCACGCCCCAGGCGUUUUAUAUUUACUGGACAUUCUAAUGGUACCAUUCAAAUGUGGGAUCUUACAACAGCUUUGGAGCCAUCUUUUUCUUCGUCCCAAAAUGUUUCUGGUGGACCUACGCCAGAAGAACUUUGGAAACUAUUAGAUCAAUGUGAUUUAAGUAAUAGUCAUUCCUCGACACCAUGUAUUAGCCCAUGUCCUUCACUUAUAUCUGCAGGUCCAAGUUUAAAGACAAGUAAUGUACUGUUUCUAAACCAAUCGCAAAAUUCCGAAGCGUCGCCCGGACCUAGCCAGACAUGA